CGAGCACGACCAUCUUUCUUACAUCCAUGGCCAAGAAAAAACCAAAUACUUCAAGCGAAGAGGAGCAGGCGGUGCUGAAUUAUUUGCGUAAAGUGAAUCGACCGUAUAGUUCGACCGAUAUAUUCAACAAUUUGCAUGCGAAAUACCCUAAAGCGGCCGUUGCCAAAAGUCUGGAGAAACUCGUCAGUCAGUCUCUCAUUGUAUCAAAAGUAUACGGCAAAAGUGCAGUGUACGCUCCCAAACAGACCGAAGAAGCCGCCACAGCGGAUGAUUUGGAGUCUCUCGAUACCGACUUGCAGUCAUUAACCGAGAAAGUAGAUAAGCUCAAAGCCGAGAAUAAGCAGUUGAGCCAAGCUGUUUCUCAAUUGCAGAGCACCCCAACGACUGAAAAUGCUCAGACGGAUUUAGAGCGGAUCUUGCAAGAGAACGAAGCAUUUCAAGAGCGAUUGCGGAACCUGCAACAAGGAAAGUCGCGUAUUAGCGAUAAAGAUCAUGCGGCCAUCACUGCGGAAAUGGACAAAUGUCGAAACGAAUGGAGGAAACGACGAAGAAUGUUCCAGGACAUGUUCAAGACAGUCACCGAACACAUGCCGGGGGACCCCAAUGAACUAAAAGAAGACAUGGGGAUUGAGGACGAUGUGGUUCCUUUUGAUCAAGAUCCACUAGCCCUUUGAGCUGUUCCCAACUUUCAUGCGGCAUCUCAGCAACAAUCUCAUCUUGGAGAAAAUGUAAUCUCCGCCAGUCAACUCCUCCUCCUCUCCUUUUCUUUGCUUUUCCCACUCGCUUUCUACAGGUUUUUUUUAUUCUUUUUAUAAGCGAAUCCUUUCAUCAUAUUACCGUAUUUGCCUUUUGUACAUCCUUGUAUAUCGAAAAUGAUGUAAAAUAAAUAAGAUAUCGUUAAGCGACGGA